GCUUGUAAUAGUUGAAAAAACCAAGACUUGAGAGGAGAAAUGGAAAGUUAUCUAUCUUCCAUAAAUCUUGUUUAUCCCCUAAACUACUUAGUCGUUCUCCAGUAGCUUCUUUCUGGGUUUUUUUUUCCUUCCCUCUCUUUUUGGUAAUAUUCUUCUUUUGUUGCAUGCCACUUCGUUUUCAGAGACUAAGAGAGAAAUAAUCUGAUUUUGACAAGAAGCAAUUUGCAUUACUUGUCGGUUGCCUAAGAAAGGAUGCCAAGCCAGCUAUGAUUUGCACUACAAAUGAUUUAUCAGCAUGGAAGGAUUUUCCAAAGGGUCUCAAGGUCCUUCUUCUUGAUGAGGACAGUAAUUCUGCUUCUGAGUUAAAAUCAAAGCUUGAGGCAAUGGACUAUAUUGUUUAUACCUUCUGCAACGAAAAUGAAGCUCUUUCUGCGGUUUCAAGUAGACCUGAAAGCUUCCAUGUAGCCAUUGUAGAGAUUAAUACAAACAAAAAGAAUGGGAGUUUUAAGUUUCUUGAAACUGCAAAGGACUUGCCUACCAUUAUGACUUCAAACAUUCAUUGCAUCAGCACCAUGAUGAAGUGCAUAGCGCUGGGCGCAGUUGAGUUUCUUAAGAAACCGCUGUCUGAGGAAAAACUAAGGAAUAUAUGGCAACACGUGGUUCGUAAGGCAUUCAAUGCUGUGGGGACAGACCUGUCUGAAUCAGUAAAGCCUGUUAAAGAAUCCUUGGUUUCAAUGUUGUACUUACAAUUGGAAAACGGAGAACCUAAGAAUAAAGACUUGGAUAAAACCCAAGAUGCAUCUGUGAUUCAUGAAAAUGACCCUGAGCCAUCAACAGGAAGUGAUAAGUACCCAGCUCCAUCAACACCACAAAUAGAACAGGGAGGGAGGUUGUCAGCCAAUGGAGAUUGCCAAGAUCAUGCUAACUGCUCGAUAGAAAAAGAGAGCAGUGAGGAGGAUGGAGAAUCCAAAUCUGUCGAAACUACCAGUGACAAUACAAUUGCUGAAGUAACUAUACCAGUUGGCCAACCUCAGGGACCAAGGGAUACCAUGGUGACGGAGGAGGCUGACUUAGUUGAUGGUACCAAGGGUAAGAGUACCACGUAUUCUCAAACAGAAAACGGAGUAAAUAGCAAAAAUUCUCAAGCUGUUGCUGAAAAACCCAGUACGGUUUCUGGUAUUCAUAGUUCUUGUCUGAACAAAGCUAAUCGAAAAAAGUCAAAGGUAGACUGGACACCGGCACUCCACAAGAAAUUUGUACAAGCGGUGGACCAACUAGGUAUAGAUCAAGCCAUCCCUUCUCGAAUACUAGAGCUGAUGAAAAUAGAAGGCUUGACUAGGCAUAAUGUUGCUAGUCAUCUACAGCAGAAAUAUAGAAUGCAUAGAAAACAUAUUUUGCCCAAGGAGGAUGAUCGAAGGUGGCCACAAAGAGAUCAAACCCAAAAGAGUUGUUAUCCACAUAAACCGAUCAUAGCCUUCCCAUCCCAUUACUCAAAUCAUGUUGUCCCAGUUGGUCCACUCUAUCCCAUGUGGGGAGCACCUCCUUAUCCAUCCAGCAUCCAAAUGUGGGGUUCACAGGGUUACCCCUUGUGGCAACCAACUGAAAGUUGGCAGUGGAAGCCAUAUCCAGGGGUGCAUGCCGAUGCAUGGGGCUGCCCUGUUAUGCCCCCACCUCAUGGAUAUAGUUCUGCAUUCACUCAAGUGAGUAGUUAUCAGAAUGCAUCUGUAUUUCAUUGUUCUGGCACCAUGGAUAACAGAAGUGGCAUGCCUCAAAAUUCUGUUGAACAUCAGCCGGCAGAGGAGGUAAUCGACAAGGUUGUGAAAGAAGCAAUAAACAAGCCAUGGUUACCUUUGCCUUUGGGCCUCAAGCCUCCUUCCACUGAUACUGUGCUAGCUGAGCUCUCUAAACAAGGCAUCUCCACCUUCCCUCCUCACAUCAAUGGCCUUAAUUCAUCAUGCCAUGGCACCACGUGACUGGUUUGUUUUUGUUGAAGUUGUGCUUCAGCUGCUGCAAUAUUUAGUCAAAAUAACCUUGCUGGUAUUUUGUUUCAUUAUUGUUGCUAAUUUUAGGAGAUUGUUGAUCAUAAAAUCUGGUAGUUGCUUGAUUCUAGGAUGUGGUUAUUUUUUCAUGUAUUUAAACAGCACUUCAGCUCAAUAAAAGUGUGAAUCAACUAGCAACUAUUUCCAUC